AUGGGACAAGGAGACGAGGGUUUCUUUGAAUGAGAUUGGUUAACGCCUCUCUUCUUCUCCAUCUCUCAUCCUACAAAACUUCAUCCUCUGCAUCUAGGGUUUCUCACCAUUAUCGCCGCUCCUUCUUCUCUCACUUUGUCUUCUCCUCGUCUUUGCUGUCGAAAUCGUUUUCCACAGCAACCAUGCCGGGUUCCGAGUCGUCGGAAAUUCAAUGGCCGGCGAGGAGAGUGAGGGACACUUUCAUCAAGUUCUUCGAAGGAAAGGGCCAUGUCAAUUGGAAAUCGAGCCCUGUUGUUCCUCACAGUGAUCCUACUCUACUCUUUGCGAACGCUGGAAUGAACCAGUUCAAGCCAAUAUUUUUGGGGACUGUUGACCCGAAUACUGCCCUGAGCAAGCUAACCCGUGCAUGUAACACCCAAAAAUGUAUCCGCGCCGGGGGAAAGCAUAAUGAUCUUGACGAUGUUGGGAAAGAUACUUACCAUCACACCUUCUUUGAAAUGCUCGGCAACUGGUCAUUUGGUGAUUACUUCAAGCAGGAAGCAAUAGAAUGGGCUUGGGAACUUUUAACCAAGGUUUAUGGGCUACCCACGGAUCGGAUUUAUGCGACCUAUUUCGGUGGUGAUGAAAAAGCUGGUCUGGCCCCUGAUACCGAGGCUAAAGAUAUAUGGCUGAAGUUUCUUCCACCUGGUCGUGUGCUACCCUUUGGUUGCAAAGAUAACUUUUGGGAGAUGGGAGACACUGGUCCUUGCGGUCCUUGCACUGAGAUACAUUUUGAUCGAGUUGGUAACCGUGACGCCGCAUCAUUGGUUAACAAUGACGAUCCAACUUGUAUAGAGAUUUGGAAUCUUGUUUUUAUUCAGUUCAACAGGGAAAACAAUGGCUCACUCAAAUCUCUGCCUGCCUUGCAUGUGGACACUGGACUGGGUUUCGAGAGAUUGACUUCGGUUCUUCAGAACAAAAUGAGCAAUUAUGACACAGAUGUAUUUAUGCCUAUAUUUGAUGCCAUCCAGAAGGCCACAGGAGCUCGAUCAUACUCUGGAAAAGUUGGUUCAGAAGAUGUGGACAACGUUGACAUGGCAUAUAGAGUUGUUGCUGAUCAUAUUAGAACUUUAUCAUUUGCUAUAGCAGAUGGAUCUUGUCCAGGUAAUGAGGGUCGUGAGUAUGUCCUGCGUCGCAUUCUUCGUCGAGCGGUACGUUAUGGGAAGGAGAUUCUAAAAGCUGAGGAAGGCUUUUUCAAUGGCCUCGUAAGCUCUGUCAUUCGAGUCAUGGGUGAUGUCUUUCCGGAGUUGCAACAACAUGAAGCUCGCAUCAGAGAGAUAAUCAAAGAUGAAGAAGCAAGCUUUUGCAAGACCUUGGGGAAGGGAAUUGAGAAAUUUGAGAAAGCUGCUCAGGCAGUUCAGAGAAAAAAACUGAGUGGACAGGAUGCGUUUGUCCUUUGGGAUACGUAUGGUUUCCCAUUAGAUUUGACUCAGUUGAUGGCUGAGGAAAGAGGCUUAGUGGUUGAUGUUGAGGGUUUCAACAAAGCCAUGGAAGAGGCAAGGGAAAGAUCUAGGAGUGCCCAGAAUAAGCAAGCUGGUGGUGCAAUUUCAAUGGACGCUGAUGCUACAUCUAAUUUGCACAAGAGUGGUGUUUCAGCCACUAACGAUUCUUUCAAAUACAUAUGGUUCCAGGAUCAUGAUAGUGAUGUGAAAGCUAUUUACACUGGUUCAGCGUUCAUGGAAAGUUCUGGCGUUGGCGAUAAUGUGGGACUAGUAUUGGCGUCAUCAAGUUUCUAUGCAGAGCAGGGUGGUCAGAUUUUCGACACAGGGGUGAUAGAAGGCUCUUUCGGUACGUUCAAAGUUUGCAAUGUGCAAAUAUUUGGUGGUUUUAUUCUUCAUAUUGGUUAUCUCACGGGGGAAACCGGAAAGAUCAGUGUGGGGGAUAAAGUCACCUGCAAGGUUGAUUACGAGAGACGUAAACUCAUUGCUCCUAAUCACACUUGUACACAUAUGUUGAACUUUGCCCUAAGGGAGGUGCUUGGAGAUCAUGUUGAUCAGAAAGGAUCCAUUGUCCUUCCUGAAAAAUUGCGAUUUGAUUUUUCCCAUGGCAAGCCGGUUGAUCCUGAACAGCUGAGAAAGAUCGAGUUCAUUGUGAAUGAUCAGAUUAAGGCUGAAUUAGAUGUAUAUGCGAAGGAAGUGACUCUUUCUGAAGCCAAGCGUAUCAAGGGUUUAAGAGCAGUAUUUGGAGAAGUCUACCCUGAUCCUGUCAGAGUGGUGGCAGUUGGGAAACAAGUCGAGGACCUUUUAUCUGAUCCUGAAAACAAUGAAUGGUUAUCAAUUUCAUCUGAGUUAUGUGGAGGAACCCAUAUAUCAAACACCCGCGAAGCCAAAGCAUUUGCUCUUUUAGCUGAGGAGGGAAUUGCCAAAGGCAUCCGUAGGAUAACUGCUGUGACUACUGAUUGUGCUUUUGAUGCGGUGAUUGCGGCAUCCAUGCUUGAAAAAGAGGUAGAGGACGCAUCCAAAGAAUUGGGAAGCGCAUUGGAAAAGAAAGUUGCUGCUUUGAAGAGCCGGGUAGAUGCAGCAGUUAUUCCAGCACCCAAAAAAGCAGAUAUCAGGGCCAAGAUUGUUCUGCUACAGAGUGAAGUGAGAAAGGCUCAGAAGAAAAUAGCAGAAGAAAACAUCCGGAAAGCUGUCAAAGUGGCAACGGAGACCGCCGAGGCUGCAGCUUCGGAUGGAAAGCCCUUCUGUGUAUCCAAUGUUGAUGUUGGUCUUGAUGCAGCCGCUGUGCGGGAGGCAGUUUCAAAAGUCAUGGAACAAAAGGGCAUGUCAAUUAUGGUAUUCAGUACGGAUGAAGCCACAAAAAAGGCCGUUGUGUGUGCUGGAGUUCCAGGGAAGUACAAGCAACUGGACGUGACAGAGUGGUUAUCAAAUGCUUUGGGGCCUCUAAAUGGGAGAUGUGGAAAAGGAAAAGGUGGUCUUGCAACAGGACAGGGAACUGAUGCUUCUCAGGUGAAUGCGGCAUUGGAUUUGGCUGCAACCUUUGCAUCAAUGAAACUCAACUGAUUUGUUUUGGAAGAUUUUACAGUCUUCGCUUUGGGGUGUUGUUAAAAAUCGGCCAUGGCGCCGCCAUUCCCCCCAUUAUGGCGUCAAAUUGUAUGGCGUUGUGGCGGGCCAUGUGGCGAAGACCAAUAAAAAAGGAAAACAAUUUAACCAAAUCGGCAGAAUUGGAAACGUUUCCAAAUGAAAAAAGGAAAAUUGCCAAAACAGAAAAAUAAAAACUUUGCAAAAAAAGGAGAAUGUAGAGUUUCUACAACGUUCUAAUGUAUAUUCAAUGACAAGUUUCUAUCA